AUGGAGUUGGUGAGGUGCGAGGUGGCUCCCGAAUCUAGUAACCAGUUACUAGAGUUGUUGUCGGAAGUGGAAACCAAAGCUGUGCGAGAGGAUGGAACAUAUUGGAAAACUGGUGUGUUGGACGACGGACGACUUGAGCUGGAUGUAGCCGAGUAUUGUCUGCUGGAGUUAGAUGCAGCAGGGUAUGCUCUACCUGUGCUUUGGCUAGCCAGCUUGCCUCUAAUUGAAACAAACUAUUCGUGCGAGCUAGUAAAAGUAGUUCAAAUAAAAAUGCUUUCUUUAAUGAAACUGCUAUCCCUUUUUCUCCUCAUCGUAGCGGUGGCGCCGCCGGCCGCCGUGGACGGCCAGCUGAAGGUAGGGUUCUACAGCCAGAGCUGUCCAUUGGCCGAGAGUCUCGUCAAGAAGACGGUGGCAUCUGCCUAUGCCAACAACCCCGGCGUCGCUGCCGGCCUCAUUCGAAUGUUCUUCCACGAUUGCUUCGUCAGGGGCUGCGACGCUUCCGUCCUAAUAGAUUCGACCAGUAGCAACUUAGCAGAAAAAGACGCUCCCCCCAAUAACCCAAGCCUCCACGGCUUCGGAGUAAUUGACGCCGCCAAAUCCGCCGUCGAAGCCAGAUGCCCCAACACCGUCUCCUGCGCUGACAUCAUCGCCUUCGCCGCCCGAGACUCCUCCGCCCUCACCGGCAACAUUUUCUACGAUAUCCCCUCCGGUCGCCGCGACGGCAACAUAUCCUUAUUCACCGAUGCCCUCGCCAAUCUCCCCUCCCCUCUCUCCAACGCCUCCACUCUCGUCAAAGCCUUUGCGGCAAAAAACCUCACUGCCGAUGAGCUUGUCACGCUGUCCGGGGCCCACUCCAUUGGGGUUUCCCAUUGCUCAUCUUUCAGAAACAGGAUCUAUAAUUUCAGCUCGAUUAGUCAGGUGGACCCCACGCUGAGUGCUGCUUAUGCGGUGCUGUUGCGGUUGGCUUGCCCUUUUAAUAGUUCCUUGUCGGGAAAUACGACGGUGGCGAUGGAUGUUAUGACGCCGACGGUGCUGGACAAUGCAUAUUACGUGGGGGUUCAAAGGGAGCUUGGGCUAUUCACAUCGGACCAGGCAUUAUUGACGCAGACUAGUUUGAGCGCCGCGGUGAAUGCUAACGCAGGGAAUGGAGCAGGGUGGGCUGUCAAGUUUGCAAGGGCGAUGGUGAAGAUGGGGAAUACUGAGGUGAAGACGGGACAGCAGGGGGACAUCAGGAAGAAUUGUCACGUAGUGAAUACUGCGAGUACUCUUUGGAACAAAGGAGCGGAGAAAGAGGCGGAAGGCGAGUCGUCUUUGGUGGCAAACAUGUGAGAGAUGAGUGAGC